GAGUGGAAUCAUAACAUUGCCUUGGAAGUCUCUCUGCUCGUCCUCUUGUCGUUUGAUUUCAGCCAUUUCUUUGCAGCUUUUCCGUCGAGGAUGUUUCUAAGUGUCGUCGAGGAGCAAAGUGUCCUGAAAACAUGAAACAUAUGUAGUUGUGUGGCAUAGAAACAUGUCUCUGGAGGCUCUGCAGGCUGCAGGGGAAAGCUAGCAAAUGGCUGUGAUGUGUGCAAAAUGACAAGAAGGAGAGCAAAGCAGCUGGAGGGCUAGAUUACAGCAUGUGACACACACACACACACACACACUCUCCAAAAAAGAAAAAAGUUGUGGUGUCAAAGAUGCCUCGUCUGGAAGAGUUGGCCAACAUUGUCCUCAGGGUGCCGAGCAUCCUGGUGCUGGACCUGCUCUACAAGUGUGAUGUUGAGGGUUUGACUGAGCACCUCAAGGCCAAAAAUGAAGACAUGCUGUUCAAGUACAAAUAUGUCAUCUGGAACAUGUACUACUUUGGUCAUCUGAUAAACGUGGUGGUGUUGGUUCUGCCGUUGAGACACAUUGUGACGCUCUACCUCCAUAUCCUCGCUGCUCUUCUCCUAUACAUGGGGCAUCAGAUUUCCAAGGAUUAUGUUCGUGAGGAUAUGCAGAACGGUUAUGAAGGAGCAGUGUACCUUGAUUUUCCGGCCUUCAACAGAUUUGUCUCUGCAAUGACGAGUCAGAUUAUUCUGAGCACGCUGUGUGCCUUCCUGAUGAAGACCAGAAAGGUGUGGUUGUUCUCCGCUCACAUGCUUCCCCUGCUGGCCAGACUCUGUGCAGCGCGUCACGCCACGCUGUUAGCCGUACACACGUUCUCCAUGGGACUGACUGGAGCGGGGAUCGCCGUGUUCCUCCUCUCGCAUGUCUUCGUGCCAUAUCGGCUCGCAAAGGCUGCCUAUUUAGAGCUGCUGCAUCUGGAGGUGAUCGAGCUGUACAGACUUCUGGCUGUGGGAAUCUCCCUGUGGAACCAGUUUGCCGUCCCAAUGCUCUUCAGCGUCUUCUGGUUUGUUCUCUUCGUCGUCCAGCUGUUCACAGACAUCAUGUCCGGCAAAACCUCACCAGGCCAUCAGGGAAUCAUGUUCUUCCUGCUCACGAGUGUCUCUGAAUGUUGUGCCACCCCGUACUCCCUCCUGGGUCUGACCUUCGUGGUGUCCUAUCUCGCUCUCGGACUGCUCAACUUAUGCAAGUUCUACCUGGGAGGUUAUGCAGCCGUUCACAGCGAGAACGUCAUGCACAGAGGUGUGACUGAGGGCGUCACUCUGCUCCUGCUCGCUCUUCAGACGGGCCUGUUGGACAUGCAGGCACUGCAGCGCACCUUCCUCCUCAGCAUCAUCCUCUUCAUCGUGGUCACUUCAACCCUGCAGUCAAUGAUUGAGAUAACAGACCCGGUCAUUCUGGCCCUGGGUGCAUCCCGUAACAGGAGUGUGUGGAAACAUUUCCGUGGCCUCAGCAUGUGUCUGCUUCUGCUGGUUUUCCCCGUGUUCAUGGCUUAUAAAAUCUCCCAGUUCUUCCACAUGGACUUCUGGCUCCUCAUACUGGUGUCCAGCUGCAUGCUGACUUCCCUUCAGGUUAUAGGCACGAUGCUGAUCUACUCCCUCUUCAUGGUGGAGCUUUUCCGCACCGACCCCAUCGAGAGCCUGGACGAAGUGAUCUACUGGGUGAACGCCGUCAGCAGGGUGCUGGAGUUCGUGGUGGCGCUCUGCGUGGUGGCGUACGGCACCUGGGAGUCGCUGUUUGGCGAGUGGAGCUGGAUGGGGGCCUCCGUCAUUAUCAUCCACUCUUACUUCAACGUUUGGCUCAGGGCUCAGUCCGGAUGGAGGAGCUUCCUGCUCAGACAGGAAGCGGCGAAGAAGAUCAACUCCCUCCCCAAAGCCACAGCUCAACAGCUGCAGCAACACAACGACGUCUGUUCCAUCUGCUUCCAGGAAAUGACUUCUGCUGUGAUCACAUACUGCGGACAUUUCUUCCAUGGCAACUGCCUCCGCAAGUGGCUGUAUGUGCAGGAAACCUGCCCGAUGUGCCACCAAACGGUCCGACCCACCACGACAGCUCAGAGACCGGCUUCAGGCGGCGCCCCGGCAGCUCAAACUCAGAGGGACGCGAGACCGGAACCGGCUGAGCAUCAAGCCGGAGAUCAGAACCAGAACAACGGCGCGUCCCAGGAGACGCAGAUCGAAGCUGUAACUCCUGAUCCAGCCGAGCAGCAGCAGGAGGAGACUAAAAGCUCUGAGGACGGAGAGUGUGGGAGACAAGAUAAAGAUGGACCAGCUGAUACUCACAGGGAAGCUGUCCAAGGUCUUCGUUUCAGCUCCAGCGGAGACUUUGUCGGAUUUGUCAGCCCGGUGUCAAGCUGCUCUUCGGGGGACAGUUCUAGUUCCCUGCUGGGUAAAACCUCUCCUAACAUGCACAACGAAGGCAAUUUGAAGAAGGACUCUCUGCUGUCAUUGACUCUUAAUGAUGUCAAUGAGCACACGGUGGAGGACCAAUCUAACUGUAAUGGAGCAGAACUUGAUGACAGCAGUACUUUCUAUCUUAGAGAGCCGCAAAACGGCGAUGGUGAUAAACAUGACAGCUGUGAAGGUGCAUCUAAAUCAUGGAAGAGCUUUGAUUCACCGGAAUCAAACAGAAAUCACGAGGCACCUGGUACGAGCCUUGUGGAUUGCCAAACAUCUUUCAAAUCAUAUAAUAGAAACUCAGAACUCUUAGACUCCAUUGACGAUCUUCAAAGUCAUAACAGUAACGAAACAUAUUCAGACUUGACGCUGGACGGACUCGGAGAGGAUGAAACUGUCCAGCAGCUGUCCUCCUCAGAUGCCACCUUCUCUUGCAGAAGCACAGAUAACAGCGACUGACUGCCCUGCACCAGUGCCUUGGAAGGGGGUAAAAGGGAGAUCCUCCAUAACGGGGAAUCAAAACACACUUGCCUUCUCUCUGUGAAUAAAUCAAGAAAUGUCUUUUUACCAGACAUUGUAAUGAAUGUGCUUCAGUUUAGCAAAAUAAUAACAAAUAACAUGCGUCUGGAAUGAAUAUAGAGACUAAAUUGUGUUGGGUUAAAAUUAAACCCUUAUUGUACAACUGUAAAGAAAUUGUAAAGAAGAAAAAAAGAUAAAUAUAUAAUUCAUAGAAAUUGUGUGUAACUAUAAAGCAAUUAUCUUGCAUCGAUAUUUACCAAAUUCUAGCAGGUUACAAGUAAAGAUAUUUACUUUGAGGAAUGCAUAUGAUUAAUUCUCAAUUUCUCAGUCUUCUGUUCUCAUGUUUUGCAUUUUUGUGAAAGCAAUGUGGCAAAAAGGGAAAAACUUCAGUUUUUGUCUUUGUAAAUCAUGAAUCAGCCUUUUAUACUGCGACGGAUCUCUGUCUCCCAGUAUUAAAUUACUGUUGUGAACAUAUACUUUUUUUCCCUGUUGUUUCAAAAUGAAUAAAUUCAUGACAGGUGCACAGGAAGGUUGACAUUGUGUGCCAGAUUUGUGAAGCCUAAACAGAAUAUUUGUUCAGUAGUCAAAAGCUAAGAGAGCCAGAUUACAUUUUGUUUUGUACGAUAUGUUGAUUCUGAGAUAAUAAAGCAUUCUGCAUCACUGUAUUAUUUAACACACAACUUCAGUGAAGUAUAAUCACAAAAUGUUAGAAAUGGUAUUUCUUUAAAUUUAUACCUUUUUUUUUUGCUAAACCUAUUGUUGAUAUUCCAAACUUGUUUUGGCAAUGUGCUCCCUAACACACAGCUACUGUUAUAAUGUAUGAAGGAAUUUCCCUUUUUUAAUCUUUGCCGAUUUUUAUUUUUGUUGGGUCUUUC